AUGGAGAACAACAGGGGGAAAGAAUACCGCCUUGGGGUACGCCGGCGGUCAGGUGGUUGUAAUGCUGAUUUGAAUAUUAUGAACAUUGUCACGAGGUCGCCUGGUAGUGUACAUGAUUCAAGAAUAUUUCGGGAGUGUAGACUAAAACAGAGGUUUGAAGCUGGGGCCUUCUCCGGAAUAUUACUGGGAGACAGUGGAUAUCCCUGCACUCCAUAUUUAUUUACCCCGGUAUUACAUACUAAUACUCCUCAGGAAGAAACUUAUAACAGGUGUCAUAUACAGACACGUAACACAAUUGAGAGAUUGUGUUUUGGGCUGUGGAAACAACGAUUCCGUUGUCUAUUAAGAGGCAUGUUUGGAGACAUUGAAACAGCCAGAAUGACAGUUGUAGCUUGUGCAGUGCUUCACAAUAUUGCAAUAGACAUAAAGGAAGACAUUUUUCCUGGUGAGAUUGCUAGAGAAUCCACUUCAAACACAGGGGUUUUACAACAAAGUGUUCAAAACGCACUUCGUGGUACUGUUAGGAGAAAGCAGUUCAUAGAAACUCAUUUUUAG